AUGAUGUCCCGUGGGUUGCUCGCCUGUUCGGCGCUGGUCCUGAUCUCCUUCGUCGCCGCCCAGGAGUCCGACAGUCAGGCUCGAGGUAUUUCUAAGAAAAAAGAGCCCAAAAUCCAACCUCGAAACACUAGAAAACUCAAAAAAGCUCAAAGUUUCUCAUUCCAUGACUCAAAUCCACCGUAAUCCCGCUGUUUUCGUGUCGAGAUUGGUUUCUGGAACGUUUUACGGCUUCUUUAGAACUAAGACUCUCAUGAAGAGCUCCUCAACAGGAUUUGUUUCUAUGGAAUCUUCUCAGCUACUUCCUCGUUCCGCACAAAUUUGACAUAAAACAUUAUUUUUUGAUGAUAAUCCCAUAGAAGUGGGUGGUAAUGAAGAGUUAAUCAUGAUUUCAGUUUAAAUAUAAGAGAUUUAGCGUCAAAAAAAAUGUGGAUAACUUGCAAAAAUGUCCAGUGGAAAGUGUUAUAAAAAUCUUAUACUAUGCCUGAAAAAAAUUAUUUUGGUAUACUAGAAUAACACACAAAAAAAUCUACUCUGACGAAAAUUAUAGAAAAAACUGUUUUUUGAGUAAAAAAAACGGAAAAAAAGUAACCGUGCGGCACUUGCACAUGAAGCCACGCCUCUUUUUCUAUGCCUUGUCAUCCUUUAUGCCGUUCAUUUUUAUAUUUUUCCAAGUUUUUUCGUUUUUCAUUUCAAUGCUAUAAUAUGCUAUAAUACAUUAUAAAGCCCGAAGAAAAAAAAAAAUCGAAAACCAAUUUUCGGCGAAAAAUAGAAAAAAAAUAUUUUAUCGAGAAAAAACCGUGCGUCAUUUGCUCACAAAGCCACGCCCCUUUCAAAAGCCUUCGCAAAAUUUUUUUGCACUUUAGUUAUAUCUAUUUCCGAAUUUCUUUAUGCAUAUUUUUUUCACCAUUUAAAUAAAUUAUAAUCGUUUUGGAGAGCAAAAAAAUCAAAUACGAAGUUUUUUUGACAAAAAAACCGAAAAAUACGGCAUUUUUUUCAUGAAGAAAGGGAUAAAGAUCACAUGCGGCAUUUGCGAAAGAAGCCACGCCAUUUUUUUACUAUGCCUUCGCAAAACGUUUUUGCAGUUCAAAUCUAUAUAUUUUAUCAGCUUUUUUUCUUUUUUUUCACUGAAUAAUCUUUAUUUUCCAGAAAUGGAAAAGCGAAAGUCGGCCUACAUGCGAUUUGGACGUUCUGAUGGGGGAUUGUCGUAUGAAAAACGCAAAAGCGCUUACAUGAGGUUUGUGUUUCAGCGAUUUAACAUUAAAAAAAAAUAUCAACGUUUUUGCUCAAUACGUGACGUGCUCAAAAAAAAAUCCUGAUGAGAGAUUAAGUGACCACUAAAGGGAUUUUAAUCUACCGUGGCUCUUCACUUGAGAUAAAAUUCGAAUUUCAUAAUCCUAGUGAAGGUUGGGAAUUGCACAACUGUUUUUUCCUUAAGUGACCACUUGAGCUUUUCUUAGCUUCGAAAAAUUGCAAAGUUAUCUAAAAUGUGCCUAGGAAGCAUUGCUAGAGAUUUUAAAGGCGCAGAAGCAUUUUUAACACAUUUUCGCUUCAAGACCUUUUUGGAACUUGGCUGUGCUCCUUUAAAAAUUUUUUCAAAAUUUGCAAACUUUGAGUAAAAAAAAGCAAAAAAAUGAAGUUUCAGGCUCUAAUUAAAACUUCUAGGUUCGGCAAGAGGUCAGCCUUCGAGGAAGACCCGUUCGAAGAGCCGCAGGAGGUCGCCGGUGACGUCAGCAAGCGGAAGAGCGCCUACAUGAGAUUCGGAAAGCGGUCUACCGAGCCUGUAGAUGAUCAGGACCUCGCCGCCGUCAAGCGCAAGUCCGCCUACAUGCGGUUCGUUUACAACAUUAAAAUUAUUUUUUUAUCCUAAAAAAAUCAAAAAAAUUUCAAAUUUUGAAAUUUAAGGAUUUCCACCGCAUAAAAGUCGUCAUCUCUUUAUAAAAAUCCUCCAAAAAAAUUCCAAUUUUGCUUAUAAUUUCAAACGAAUAGCGAUUUCAUGGCUAUAUAAGCAUGUUAAAAAAAUCAUCCGUUUUAUCUCGAAAACAUCAAAAAUUCAAAUAGAAGCAGGAAAGUGUUGUAUAAAUUUAUUAAAUGUCAUCAAUUUCAUUUUUUCCCACUUUCCUAUUUCAGAAAUUUAAUAAAUUCAUUAUUUUCAGAACAUGAAUAUUAAAAUUUUGGGGUCAGCUCGUUUUUUUUUCGGUACAUAGCCUUCAUAUCUCUAAAUUAUAGUUGAAAAAUUCCAAUUUUGAAAAAAUCUUUCAAAAAGUGGUUUCAAUAAAAUUCGAUCAUUUACCUGUACAAAGUCCGUUUCAGAGCUUCAAUAAAAAAACUCAUUUUUUUGAAACAUAUUUAGUCAUUGCGAGAUUUAUAUCUAAACCAGAGUAAAAUUUUCUUUAAAACACGUGAAGCCGAAAAUUGGGAAAAAUUAACUUUUUGAUAAGCUUGCAACUAAAGGGAUCACUUGGGGGAAAUUUAGUGCGCCCUAUAGGGAAGGAAAGGUUAUCCCUAGAGGGGAGCCUUGAAAGGCCUCGAAGUUUGCCCCUCUAGGGACCACUCUGACGUUUUUAUGUUCUGAAAUUUGCUUUGAAAACAUUUUUUUGAACUCUUUGAUUUCCAGCUUAAUUUUUGAGCUUCAUCCUACAUUUUGGGAUUUAAAAUCCUCAAAAUCAGAUUUCAAACUUCAAACUUUUUACUUCAAGAUCAAACUGAAAAAGAGCGUUUGAAACAGGAAAAUAAGUUAUUUCUGCAGAUUCGGGAAAAGAUCGGGCGACGAGUCUUCACUCGGGGCUUUCGAGGGCGACGACCAUGAGAUGUACAAACGCAAAUCCGCCUACAUGAGGUCUUCCCUUUUCCGACUUUUUUGGUAUUUACGUCAGAAGGGCUUCUGAAGGGAAGCCCUGUACUUUAGAAGUGGAAAAUAAGGAAAGAAGCAUCAAAAAGUGACAUUUUACAGCUUAAAAGAAGAAAAAACUUGGCUUGAAGUCGAAUUUUUCGCUUCUCUUUGUAAGACUUUCUGAAAAUUAACCUUCACACACUUUUUUCCCAUUUUUUUUUUCUCUUAAAAACCCUAGAGUGGUUCCUAGAGAGUAGCCCUUGUAGGUUUCCCUCAAGGGACCACUUCACCUCCUCCUAUAGAAGGCACUAAAGCUUGCAAAAGGGGCCACUCUAGGGGUAUCCAGCCUUUUUUAACUUGGAAGUCAGAAGAAAAAAACGAAACGCCACUUUAGGGACCACUUGAGUUUUUGGGAUUAAGGUUUUCAGACCCUAAACCCCUAUAGUGACCACUUAAACUGUAUCCCUCUAGGGAACACUCUUUCGCCCACUAUAACGGCUCUUUUCCCGUCUGAACCCUCUAGGGACCACUCUGUCGAUCCUAAGUUGGAACCUGGAAAUAAAAAACCGGUAGAUUAAGGACCUUUCCGAGAAUUUUUUAAAAAUUGAUAACUGUAGUUGAAUUUUCAUAAAUUCAGAGUGAAACAGGAAAGUGAGGCAACUUUUUAAAAUGCGAAAAAUAAUGAAAAAGUGUCUUUUUUGGAAUGAAAGAUGGCUAUUUUCCUCCAGUUUCGAGAUAAAAAUUGCUUUCAAAGAGGCCUUUUUAUUAGUUAGAUUGAAAAAAAUGAUACAUUUUUUUCCAGAUUCGGAAAAGCGAUCAAUGCUGGAAACCCCGGAAGACGACCACGAGAUGCUCAAGCGCAAAUCCGCCUACAUGAGGUUUCCGUUUCACAGUUGUUUUUUAAAGUAGACUCUCGCUGACUUGAGAAUCCUUUCCAAGCGAGCACUGUAAAUAUAAAAAACAACUUUUUCUAUUUUAAAAUUCAUCACAUUUCUUAAAAAUAUAUCGAAUUUUGCUGAAUUUUUUUGCUCAUUCAAUGACUUCAUCGACUUUGCCGUAGAAUUUUUUUCAAGUCACUACCCAGAAAAAGAAGGAAAAAAAUAUGGAAUCUUUGAAAAAUUCAAAGAAAAAAAGGUUUAAAGAAUACUUGGAAUAUGAGAGAAACUUGAGGAUUUUACGGUAAAAAUGAAUUUCAUCUCCAAGAUGAAGUUACAGUUUCAGAAAAUAUUAAAAUGAACAUUAUUCAGUCAUAAUAUAAUUCGUAUUGUUCGAGACGCAAUAUUUUAAUAAAUGAAUCUUCAAUCAGCCAGGCUUUGGCGGCACUUGGAAUGGCUCGGCUUUUAACGAGUUUUUUUUUGAGACCCGACCCGAAACGGCUUGCGUGUUUUGGCAUAGGAGAUCAUAAGAGAAAUUGAUCAAAGUCGUUUUUUUCAAAUUCGACCGCGCCGCUUUGAGCCAUUCCAAAUGCGACCACGCGGUUCCAAGACCCAACUGAAUGACCGAAAGUUAUUGCUCGUGUGUCUGCGAUAUCGUCGAAGCCUCUGCGAUAUCGCUCUUUCUCAUAAAUUUGAGAAUUUUGAACAUUUUUUGGCUUCUUCUUUUGGCUCUUAUGUUUAAAUAAAACAUAUUGAAGAAAAAUAAAAUUUUUUGAGAGAAUAUUUUAAAGAGCGAUAUCGCGCGAGACUUUUGCGAUGUCGCGCGAGACUUUCGCGAUGUCGCGCGCGAUAACGCCCACUGUUUUAUAGACCGUGAUUUUAGAUGAAAUCGUAGGGUGUAUUAAAAAAGAAUGGAGAAAACUUUGGGACCAAAUCGAAACAACCUGUAUUUUUCAGAUUCGGCAAGUAA